CUCCGACCCUCACCCCCACCACCUCUCCACCACCAUCACCACCACCACCACCACCACCACCCUCUCUCUCUCUCCCUCUCUCUCUUUCUCUCUCUCUGCAGCCCGGCACAUCGUAUGCAUCUCUGUGGCGGGCAGUGCUCUUGGAGAGACGGAUGGAGCUGAGGAGGGAGAAUCCUACACGAAGCAAUUUUCUCUGAGGAGCCAGCAGAACGUGGAUGGGAAGAGGAUGCAUUGUGGGCUGCUGGAAGAGCCUGAUAUGGAUUCCACAGAGAGCUGGAUCGAAAGAUGUCUCAACGAAAGCGACAGCAAGCGCUACUCCAGCCACACGUCUCUAGGGAGCAUGUCCAACGACGAGACUUUCAAAGAUGAAGAGAAAGAAAACAACAGAGCAUCUAAACGUCAUUCAACACCUGCAACUUUACAAUGGCUGGAAGAGAACUAUGAGAUCGCUGAGGGUGUUUGUGUCCCUCGCAGUGCUCUUUACAUGCACUACCUAGACUUCUGUGAGAAGCAUGACAGCCAGCCUGUCAAUGCCGCCAGCUUCGGGAAGAUAAUAAGACAACAGUUUCCUCAAUUAACCACACGAAGACUGGGAACCAGGGGCCAAUCAAAGUACCAUUACUAUGGCAUAGCGGUGAAGGAGACCUCUCAGUACUAUGAUGUGAUGUACUCUAAGAAAGGCACAGCCUGGGUGAACGAGACGGGCAAGAAAGUGGUCACCAAACAGACAGUGGCGUAUUCACCCCGCUCCAAACUGGGCACUCUGCUGCCAGACUUUCCAAAUGUCAAAGACCUAAAUCUGCCCGCCAGUCUGCCAGAAGAGAAGGUUUCCACCUUUAUAAUGAUGUACAGAACUCACUGUCAGAGAAUACUGGACACUGUCAUACGAGCCAACUUCGAUGAGGUCCAGAGCUUCUUGUUGCACUUUUGGCAAGGCAUGCCCCCGCACAUGCUGCCUGUCUUGAGUUCCCCCACUGUAGUAAAUAUUGUAGGGGUGUGUGACUCCAUACUCUACAAAGCCAUCUCAGGAGUCCUCAUGCCCACUGUCCUGCAGGCCCUGCCCGACAGCCUGACACAGGUCAUUAGGAAAUUUGCUAAGCAGCUGGAUGAGUGGCUGAAGUUGGCUCUGCACGAUCUGCCUGAGAAUCUGCGAAACAUCAAGUUUGAGUUGUCAAGAAGAUUUUCCCAGAUACUCAAACGGCAGACGUCCUUAAAUCAUCUUUGUCAGGCAUCACGGACAGUGAUACACAGUGCAGACAUCACCUUUCAGAUGCUGGAGGACUGGAGGAACGUAGACCUGAAUAGCAUCACUAAGCAGACACUUUACACAAUGGAGGAUUCACGAGAGGAGCAACGUAGACUCAUCAUUCAGCUAUAUCAGGAGUUUGACCAGCUGCUAGAGGAUCAAUCCCCCAUUGAAGCGUACAUUGAAUGGCUGGACUCUAUGGUGGACAGAUGCGUUGUAAGGGUGGCAGGGAAGAGACCCGGGUGCCUGAAGAAGGUUGCCCAGCAGUUCCUCCUUAUGUGGUCAUGUUUUGGGACCAGAGUGAUUCGGGACAUGACACUCCACAGCGCCCCCAGCUUCGGCUCCUUCCACCUGAUCCACCUGAUGUUUGACGAUUAUGUGCUGUACCUGCUGGAGUCUCUGCACUGCCAGGAGAGAGCCAAUGAUCUGAUGAGGGCCAUGAAAGGGGAAGGCACUACAGCAGAAAGCAUCGAGGAUAUGGUGCUGACAGAUAGCACCCCCACCUCUACAUCGCCUGGUCCCUACUCUCCUGCAAAGUCUGUGCACUCGGUGGGAGUACCAGCCAUCAGAUCUCUCAGUUCAGCCCAGUCCCCUGAGUACACUGGUGUGUCUGUUACCUCAGGAGCUGUUCAGUCAUAUACAUGGUCCCUUACAUACACAGUGACUACGUCAGGGGGUAGCCCCACUGAAGGAGGAGCCCAGCUGUCCUGCAUGCGUAGCGGCCCUCCAGUACCCCCUAACUCAUCUGGUACCCGGAUGCCAGUCUACCCGCACAGAGAUGAGCCUGGCUACAACUACAACAGCUACAACUAUAGCAGCUACCCAAACCAGCACCAUCAUGCCAUUCAGAGCCAGUACCCGAGUCUGACUCACGAGCCAAGCCUCUCCACCCCACUGCACUACUCCUCUUACCACCGGUCCCCUGCACAGUACCCACUCAACAGCCAGAUGUCUCGCAUGGAACCAUGUCUUAUGGGUGGGACUCCUCGGCUGCACUCAACCCCAAUGACCCCCCGCUGGCCAGAAGUCCCCUCCGCUAACAGCUGCUACUAUAGCACACCCAUGCACUCAUCCCGCUACGCUUCCACAGGGGACAUGUACUCCCCUUUGGCACCACGCAGAAACUCAGAAUACGAGCAUGCACAACACUUUCCCGGCAUGGCCUACAUUAAUGGAGAGGCCACCACAGGGUGGGCCAAAUAGCUGCGUCUUUGUCCAACAAGAAAAACCCCGUAAACUUGGGGAAUGCAUCGGCAGAUCUGUGCAGAAAAGAAGACCUCCAGCAAGGCCAGGAACACUCAGUACCGUACACUCACAAAUGAUGGGUCAGUGAAAGACAGAGAGUAGUUUCAGAAAGCAGUGUGAGUUGAGUGAGAAAGUGUCUACCAUGAGAGCUGCAAAUUAAACUCUUCUUCUCCAAGCAGAAUGUGAGAUGACGAGAGCAGCUGUAACCUAGUUGUGCCUUUUACUUUCCUCCCAAUUUCCCUGUUUCAUUUUGAAUUUAUGUAUAUCACAUGUCUUUGUUGACCUUGGGCUUGCUGCUUGACGUCAAAGCAAUCUUUAUACUGACAUCAGAUUAUUUUUUCUCACUGUUUAUCAGCAUUUGCUCUCGUGAUUGCCGUUGUUAUGGCAUGUGUGGUGCCCUUUACAGCUGUUCUGUAAAAGAACCAGGAAGAACUGAGCUCUCCCCCCUAGAAGGCAUCUUGGCCCAUUGCCAGGAUGUGAGCGUCAAAGGAAGGGAGUUGACUGCUGAACUAAAUUACAUCCAUUUGUUGGGUCAUCGGUGACUGUACAUGAAACUGAGAUCUGGCAAGUUAACAAAUUGUUUCUUGAAGUGUGUUGACUGAAGUGCGUCAGCAAGUUUGCUUUGUGCUUUGUGUUAUAGGCUCGGUUACCGUAAGUGUGGGAGAGCUUAACUCUAAACAUUUUCCUGUAGCUUUGUAACAUGGUGCCCCUUUGCUUUGUUUAUAUUUGUUUGUACUGUAAAUUGCAUUUUUAUAAAUAUAUAUAGAGAGGAGAUGUGUUAACCUAGGGUUGUGUGAUUUUAAAUGCACUCGAAGGUACUGUGGACCUAUUACCCUAUGGGUAGGAAUAAAAAAGAAAGAAAUAUCAAAAUGUAACAUUUAUCUGUAGUCACUUUCUCUUGCAAGUAAAAGCACUCAGUAACUUCUGUGGUGACAGCUGUUACCGUGUAAAAUAUAUAUGUGGAAUUAUUUGUUGCCACAUAAAGAAUUUUUAAAAUCCA